GUCCAGCACAUCCAGAAGCAGCAGACCUGAAGGAGAAGUAAACACUUCUACACCUACUUCACCUGUUUUCUCUUGUUAAACGACACAGCAGGAUGGGAAUUACAGGAGCGGUUUAUGGCAAGCCAGCAGGCGUCCUGUAAGUGAUGGACCCAGCUGGUGGUUGCUCCACGCUUGCUAGUUUCCACACCGUUCUGCUGAGAGAAACAGGAGGAGAGGGAGGAACCGCCAUGAUUGACCUGAGCCACCUGACGGAGGAGGAGCAGGGGGUGAUAAUGGCCGUGCUGAGGAGGGACGCCGAACUGAAGAAGGCUGAGGAGGAAAGAAUCAGGAAACUUGAGAAACUUCUGGAUGGCACCCCGCAGUCAGAUCCAGGGCUCAAGUACCUGACUGGAGAGUGGUUUUACGAGGCCAAGUCUCGCAGACACAUGGACAAGAUCCACGGCUCGGAGAUCAUCUGGGCCUCCAUGAAGCAGAGGAGACCUGGUUUAGAUGCUUCUCCCAGAAGUGAAAGAUCCAACACACCCAGCAUUCAAGGCUCAGACAUUGUCCCUCCGCCGAAGCCUGCCAGAUGUUUUGACGAACUACAGCCGCAGAGGAUCAAUGGUGUAGAACAAGAGAAUGUCAAUUCAGCAGUCCGCUCUCCAAGGACGCCGAGGCAGAACCCUUUCAACCGCGCAUCCCUUAUUCUUGUUGAGCCACCUGAAAAUGAUGAUGACAUGCCAGCCAUGCAGGCCCAGGAGUCGUCUGAGACAGAGCCCAUAUCUCCACUGAGAAACCACACAGCAGAGGCGAGUCAGACUUCAGGGGGCUCCCUCACAUCAGAGGGCUCCUCUGUAGGUUUCAGGCCAGUGCCAAAGAAGAGGACAUUUCUCACAAGACGUACCCCCAGUCAGCCAGAAAUCAACUACCUGGUGUUAGAAACUCAGGGAGGGUCAGUAGGGAUUGUUCCCGCCCCAAGACGGAGCCUCCAGCGAGGGUCCAGUGAGAGCUCUAACCAGUCCUUCAUAAAGGGCCAAGAUGAAAUGCCUCAGGAAAGUGUUUCUAUUCAAUCUCAGUCUGCUCAGCCAUCCAAACCCCUAGAUGAAAACUUCCAGCAGGCACUCUGUGAUGUAUCUCAGGUUUCGCCUUAUUCCAGUCUGGAGAGAGAAAGACACUCACCCUCUGUAACAAGAGACAGACUAGCCACAUUCACCAAGAGUGAAGCGCCAACUGACACAGAGAUCCCAAAGGAGAGCGAUGAACGAGAUGAGUGGACACAAAGAGAAUAUGAGGCGUUGAACGCUGUUGUCCUGCACACUGCCAGCAUUCAGGAUUCAGACAGAGGAAACGGCAGCAGUGUGGAAAAAGUAAUGAUGCAGGAAGAACUGAGUUUGCCCCAAAGCACCGUGGAUCCAGAUCCUCCAGUAUCUUAUGAUCUCCACUACAUUGAUAAGUCUGAACAGCAAACGCAAAAGAAAUCAAAUCAGAAACAUGCAUUUCAAUUAUCCACUCAGUCCACCAGUCCCACUGGUGAUGAGGACUCCAUUGCAAAGGUGCUGGACUGGUUCAACCGCAGCACAGACAGCCUUGAUUGGACAGGUGAUGAUCCAAAGGCCACAAAGAGCUCUGAUAAACAUGUAGAAAACAGUAAAUUAAGAGGUGCGGAUUCAUUAGAGUUAAGAGCAACAGAAAGAAUAAGCAACAGGGAAGUGAUCGAAUUACAAGAAGAGGUGAAGAAGGAUACGAGAGACAGAAUGCAGUCACAGGAAGUUAAUGAUAACAACGAUGAAAGCCAGCCACCCGAAAUCUCUCAUUUGAUGUCAUUUUGGGAGAAAAGCAAUGCAGGACCUAAAAUACGUACAAGCAAAACAAUUACGCCCACCGACAAAGGACAAAAACCUUUACAUCUCUCAGCGGAGAAAGAGGAGGAAAAAGUUAACAAACCCUACAGAGCACCAGAUAUACCCUCUGAUCCAGGCAUAUACAAUGGGAAGGGGAUUUAUUAUAGGUCCACCUCAAAUCAUGAGGAUGAAGGAGAACAGGAAGAUACUGGAAAUAGUGCUCACUUAGAUAAUUACUUGGAGGCAGACACUCUGGUGAUGAAUACCUCAACUCACAGGAACAAUUAUGACCCAACAAACAACUCAGAUUAUUUAAAGUCAGCAGCCAGUCCCCAAGUAAGUGACAGAAGAGGUUCAGACACUGAGAUUUUAUGUGUAACCACACUUGGUCCACAGCCUAAGGCACCCAUCCACCAUCCACAACCUGACAGUAUUUCUCAAUCUAGAGAAACCCCACCGCAAGACGAACUGUCCAAGAGUAUUUCGGUAUCUCAGUUGAAUACAGAUCCUGACUCUGAGAAGCUCUGUUUGUCCAGAAGCAGCCCAUAUAUGGACUACGAGCAAGGUGAUAUACAAGUCACACCCAAAAGACGAAUGCAGAGAAGUUCAAGUGAGGAUGUAAAGUUGAGGAACAGUGAGGAUAUCAGCUUGCAAUCAAGCAUCUCUCCCAAACAAAAGGAGGAUACGUCUAGCAGUACUCACUCAAACAGACAAAGUUUACAGAAUCAAGAAAGCACUGCAGAGAAGAUAAAGCAGCUCAGAUCCUUCUGGGAGCAGGAGGGGAACAAACCUAUUUUUUACACCGGCAAACCUAAAGCUCUUGGGAAUAGUAAAGUUGCUCGUGGUGCAAAUCUAGCAAAACUGAAUAAGAGACAUACAAAGUCGGAGUUCGACCUGACGUUAAUUGGAAAUGAUUUUGGCAGCGAUGAGGAAGACUCUACUCCAAAUCCUUACAAUUUUACUGUUCUUCCAUUGAAUCAGAGAAUAGAAAAACCGUCCCCUCUCCUGGGCAAGAACCGAACACAGUUUAACAGUUUGCGUGAGUUCUGGGGUGAGGCGGCAUCAGAUACCAAGAAAACAUUGCCCCUUGACAAACCCAAAAGCCCCAAGAGAAAAGAGCAAAUAAGAUUCCAGCUGUCAUCUCAGGAGUUAAAGUAUGAUGACCCAGAGGUUUACUGUGUAUCAGAGACAACAAGACCAGCUGCCCUGAAAUCAUCUCCACCUCUUCCAAACCAAUCAAAGGUGCCUCAUGAUAGACAGGUGGGGUCAAGAGCAAAAGAUGGUGGCAAAAACAGUCUGUCUAAUUAUAUAACAGAUGAAUCCAAAAGGAGCUCAAAAGACUCAGAUCGAGAGGAUAAAUCCACAAAACCACCAAGCAUUUCUGAAAGAGAGACUCGUUCUCUAAAGUACAGAAGAGAUAGCUUUAGCAAUUCGAGCAGUCGUAAGAAUUCCAUGCGUCGUGCCGCUAGCAUGUUCGCUUUGAGUGUUCCUGAUGAACAAGAACUUCAGAUGGAUGUAAGCCCCAUCCACUCCCUGAGCAGAAAGCACAGGCAGAACGCUGAAAAAGGUGCCUCAUCGAGAAGAUUGCCAGAGGAAACCGAGACUCCACGUGCACGGGCAUGUGUUCCCAAAGAUUACCGGCAUUACCUGGGCAUGACUGAUGACACCAGCGUCCACACCUCCCUUGCUCCGGCUGUGAAGGCCGAGCGGUCGGAAGGAAUGCCUGGGUAUGAGUUUGACGUGAGUGGGCCAGCGAGGGCCAGCACUCCAGUAAGCUCCGAGGAGCAUUACAGCAGGAGGGGUGGCAAGACUAGUCAGCGCCCCCUUUGGGCAAACUACAGCAGUUCAGACGCAGGUCAGGAGUCAUCUGUGAGCAGCACGUCCGAAACCUGGUCCAGCUCAAGGAACAGUUCAACCCGUGAAAAUGAGAUUGUAAGGAAAGCAUUGAGGCGAGCAGAAGCACGGCCUAAAAGUGUGGCAAAAAGUGUGGAGGACAUCACGGCAGCCUUACCACGAGAAGAAGAAGGGCAAGACCCAGCUGAUGACUUGAGACGCAUUAGUAAUGUUUCAUCCAUCCCGUCGCAUUCCUCAUACUUAUAUUCGGAUCCGGAGCACCUGAAGAAGAUGAGCAAAUCAGUUCCCUCAUUCUUACAGGACGAGGACGUUGAGCGAGACAAUGACUUUCCCUACGAGGACGUUGACUUCCCAAGAAGACUAACAACAUGCAGCUCUUUGAAAAACCUCACCGGCUCCUCUGGCAUGUCGUCUUUGUCUUCUCUAAGUGGAAGUGUGAUGACCAUGUACAGCGGGGACUUUGGGAACGUGGAGGUUCAGGGAUACAUCCAGUUCUCCAUCAACUACAUCCUGAAGCUCAGAGAGUUUCACAUCUUUGUGGCUGAGUGCCAAGACCUGGCUGCAGUUGACCCAAAGAGAGGCCGCUCAGAUCCCUACGUUAAAAGCUACCUGUCUCCUGACAAAGCUAAUCUGGGAAAGAGGAAAACAUCUGUAAAGAAGAAGACACUGAAUCCAAAGUUCAACGAAAUCCUCAGAUAUCGUGUUCGCAUGGAGUACCUCCGAACCCAGACGCUUAUUCUCUCUGUUUGGCACCAUGACACGUUUGGCAGGAACAGCUUCCUGGGCGAAGUAGAUUUGGACCUCUCCAAGUGGGACUUUGAUCACACCCAGAUGAACUACUUAGCCCUGAAAGCAAGGACUGCACCCACUCUGUCGCCAUCACUUGGUCGCGGAGAGAUCAGACUAGCCCUACGUUUCCUGCCACAUAUCAUCCGCAGUGAAGGAUUGGCUAAGGGAGCUCCAAACACAGGAGAGGUUCACAUUUGGGUGAAAGAAUGCAAGAACCUGCCUCUAAUCAGGCCAACCAUCGACCCAUAUGUUAAGUGCUUCGUGCUGCCGGACACGAGCAGGAAGAGUCGCCAGAAGACGCGUGUGAUGCGGAGGACAGUGGACCCAGCGUUUAACCACACAAUGGUGUAUGACGGCAUCAGACAGGCUGAUUUAUUAGAAGCCUGUGUGGAGCUCACUGUCUGGGACCGAGACAGGCUAGCCAGCAACCUGCUGGGGGGCCUGAGGAUUGGAGCUGGAACAGGCAAAAGUUAUGGAGCAUCGGUGGACUGGAUGGACUCAACUCCCCAUGAGGCAGCGCUGUGGGAGCGCAUGAUGGCCACCCCAAAUCAGUGGGUGGAGGACAUACUCCCAUUAAGAGUGCUGAACUCUUCAAAAACUAGUUUCAAAUAAGGCACAGUAUAUCAAACUGCAAAGACACUAUAUUUUCUGAGAGGUAUAAACACAGUAAAUGAACCAUUUUAAAGCUUUAAACUUAUUCAAGAAAGGCUUUCUAAGAAUUUCAAAAAUCUGAUGAAAAGUAAAGUCAGGACACUGAAGUGAAAAAAAGGAAUCAACCAUGUGGCUGUAAUUUAAGCCUCCACAGGUUUAACACUGGUUUUCCAUCACAUGGUGGAGCUAUCCAGACACUGGCACAAUUUUGAGCUUUUGUUCAAGAAAUAAAGGAGAAGAAAUUUAAGACACCUGCUGGUGUUGGCUUUUGCCUUUUAUGGGUGUUCAGAGAAGAAUGUUACUGGACAAAAAGUUGUACCAGGAUCUGGAUUUAUGUCUUUUAACACUACAUACAGUAUGACGAAGGUCCACCAUUUUGUUCUUAAAUAAUUUGAGUUGCUCCCAAUGUGCAACAUUUCUGUUUACUCCCUAAAUAUCUCGAGCCAAAUUAUCAAGACAUGAUCUCAGAAAGCUUUUCGUAAGGCUAUUAUGAACCAACAUGGGACUGUCAAAACAAUAAAAAAAUGUUUAAAACCAUUUGCUUCUCACCCUUCUCAUACUAACUUUUGUUUGACAGUAUUUCUAUAAAUUAAAUUGAAUUAACCUGCAUAUCUGACCUGAUGAACUGUUGCACUUAAUUGUAUUUACUAAAAGUGGGAUUAAAUAAAUUAAAGGUUCAGUGUGUUGGUUUUAGAGGCAUCAAUUGGCAGAAAUGUAUAUAAUGGCUACAAUUAUGUUUUCAUAAGGGUAUAAUCACCUGAAAAUAAGAAUCAUUGUGUUUCUGUUACCUUAGAAUGAGCUGUUUAUAUUUACAUAUGGAGCAGGUCCUCUUCCACGGAGUCGGCCAUGUUGUUUUUUUAACAGUAGUCCAGAAUAACGAACCAAACAGGGUCUCUAGGCAGGGCCAAUAGCAUUUUCACGUCAGCCACCGUAGUUCUCCUACACGCUUGGCACAUGGGAAAAGUUUCUGUUCUGCAAACUCACUGCUAGAUGCCACUAAAUCCUUCACCCUGGACCUUUAAACAAUGAUGACUUUCAGGUUUUCUGUGUUUUGUCAGUGGUAGUUUAGAGGUUAACCUGUGGAUUCUCUGAUUAAUAUACUGGUAUUGACUGGUUAUUAAAUUCACUAAAUUUCUCCAAUGUUUAUGACCCAAAACUAGCCUCAGCUUUACUUUGUCUUAAUUUGUGAAUAUUAACAUGCUUAACGUGCUUAGCUAAUAUGGUGAACCUGGUUAACAAUACACCUGCUAAAAAUCAGCCCAUUAGCAUUGUCUGUAUGAGCACGUUGAUUUUAGCAUUUAGCACAAAGCCCAGCUAUGUCCAAAUGAAUCCUCAAAGACCUGCUAGCUUGACUGUCAACUCUCCGUCUUAUUUCUAUAUUUUUUACGUUACAGCGCUGGGCGAUUUGGAAAAUGUAAUUAAUAAUUUAUUACUUAUAAUACCAGUGCCAAUACUUAUUAUAUAACUAUAAAUUCACUUUCUAUGCACAUGUUUAAAAGAACACAAUUUCAAACAAUAUCAUCAUUCAUUUAUUUAAAAAAUAAUUCACAGAUUCAUUCACAUUUUUUUCGUCACUAAUUCACAGUCAACAUACAACAUGCACUCAUCAAUACAAAGUAGUUACAUUCAGAACUGUUUUAUAACCUUUUAUGUGUUUGAGCCCUUCAAGCAAAAUUUCAGUUACUAUAAUGGAAUUGAAAAUCUCAGAGACCGAUAUCUCAAAACCUGUGCAAACAAAACAAAAGCUGUCUACAUGGAUAGACAGAAUAUGAGAGAACAUGUUUUUCUUUUUGUAAUUUUGGUGAAGCAAUCCUGUGAAUUGUAAGGAUAGAUAACUGCUGACCAUCUUGUUGUUUCUUCAGUAUUACAAUACUAUAAUUCUUACCACUUUCCCCAUGUUUUACUAUGUCUGCAACGUGUCUCUGUCUCUCUGGGGAUUUAUUGGCUUUCAGACAGAGAAACAAAGAGUUAAGAUGACAUUACAAACAAUUACAGCCACCACAGGGCUGCUGUAGCAGCUCAGGGAUAAUGCACCUGUGUGAGAAAGGAAGACAAGAAGCAUCAAGACUUUUCAUGUUAUGAUGUUGCAUGUUUUCUCUAUUAAAUGUUGCAUAAUUAAAUAAGAACUG